AUGCGAAACCGACGACCACAACAGCGCGCUGCAUUGGCGCUGGUCCCUCUUUUCAUCCUAUUAGGGCUUCUGGCGGUAGUACAGGGCGCGGGAGCAGUCGAGCACCCCGGCCCUGGCAGGUUGGAGAGGAGGACCCAUGUGCAGGAGAGGAGGCAGUGGAGCGAGGGUAGAAAGAGGCAGCUCGGCUUGAGCCUGGAUGUCGACGGAAUCACGUCUGCCACUUCCAAGGUGUCGGAGAGGGGACUGUUGGAUGAUCUCUUUGGGGGCGCGACGUCUACCGUCACCUCCAGUGAAAUCAACUCGACAUCCUCUUCUUCAUCUGCCCAAUCUUCCUCGUCCUCAUCUUCUGCUGUCACCACCUCUAUCUCCUCUUCUGCAAGCUCCACGGCGGCAUCUUCUUCGGCAGCAUUCCCAGUCUUCCGCCGCGCCAUCUACGAGCACAACCUCGUCCGCACCAUCUACAAGCUCAACCUCAAGUUCAAGCUCAAGUCGGGGCUGAUUGAGGGUGAGAUGACGAAUGGGAGGCGAAGAUUAGGAAAGAGACAGGAUGGGACUGCAGCAGCGGAUGGCACGAGCGCAGCCGUGGAGGGACAGGCAACAAGUGCUGCUGUCGAGGAACAGCCACCCAGUGCUACUGCCGAGGGACAAGCAACAAGUGCUGCUUUGGAAACAAGUCAAGCAGCCACCAGCGAAGCCCUACCCGAUACGGCAGUGUCUACGAAUGUGGCGGCAGUAACUUCUGCCGGCGAACCAGAUCCGAGCGCUUGGGAUGCCGGGACUGCUUCGAUAGCAGACCCAGCGACGAGCACUACCCCGGAGGCGGCGAAUCUUGCAACUUCUCAAGAGACUUGGGAUACUAUCGAUACAAUGGCGCCCGCCACAAGCGCUAUAUCGGAGGCCACUACUUUGGGGGAGACACCGGCCACGUCGCAGAAUCAGAAUACGGCCUGGAGCGGCGAGUCUUUGUCGAGUACUGCUGCCGAUUCUGCUCUGACGCCGACGUCAAUCGAUGAUACGAGCGUUGAUCCUGCGGCAUCGCCUACAUCCACACUUCUAACUUCAGUCGGUGAAGACUCAGCCUCAAGCAGCAUCUGGUCUGCCGCAGAGUCUUCCGAAAUAUCGCCCUUGGUAGGCCCUACCAGCUCUGCAUGGGUCUCACCAUCGGCUGUUUGGACCGAUCAAGCUCCGAGCGACUCGACGUCGCUCAGCAAUUCAAUCAGUGACCCUGAAAGCGACACGUUGUCGACUUCCGCUAUAUCCACUGAUCCGCUUGCUGGCUCAAGCUCAAUUACGGCGAGCUCGUGGGGGGCAUCGGUGCAAGGGGAUACCGCCAGUGUGUCGGCUCAGAGUACAGCUUGGAGUGACGCAACUUUGCCGACGAGUAGUUCCGAAGACUCAACCCUUGCUUCGACUCUACCUGGAGAGUCAGUCUCUACCAGCAUUUCUCUACAAUCGACUCUGGCUUCCCAAGAUACUGCCUCGACUGAGGUGGCCGCAUCAGAGCUUGACUCCACCAGCACUAGUGACACUUGGUCAAUGUCGUCCAUCGCAACAGAUGUAUCGGCACAGUCGAGUGUGAAUGGCGUCCCAUCAUCGGUGACUACUUCGUCGUACGGUGUCUCGACUGACACGGGUUUGCCGACUACGUCAGUGGACCCCUCGCUCAGCGAAACCCGGACUCUGUCCGAGUCUGUCACUCCUUCGUCCCUGCUCGAUGAAACAAGCUCCGGUCUUCCCGACGCAUCGUUGACAAGCCCCGUCGCUGGGGACGCGACCCUGAGCGAGUCUUUGACAUCGAGCACAUACAAUGAUCUUGCUGCCACGUCAACGAAUCUGCAAGACUUGUAUUCGGAUUCUCUGGCAUCGACCUCUGCGCCGCCUGGGUCUACUACAGCGCUCUCUAGAACUUUGGGGCAGAGCUCGACAAGCUCUCUCCUGUCUGCCGAGUCAGCUUCCGCUGAAGGAAUUUCAGGGAGCGCUGCUCUGUCUACCCUCGACAGUCUCAGUGCCACGGGCACCUCUCUCACGGGCUUGACAUCCUUGUUCAACUCUGCGUCGGGGGACUCCGCUUUGGCGAACUCGAUUUCCAUCGGAAGCUGGAUGACUGUCACGGGCUCUGACGGGCAACUCAUUUCGCCCACUGGUACUCUUGUAGAGUCCAGUUCCGCAAGUCUUGACGUAUUAUCCAGCGUGCAGGUCACAUCUGGGGGAUCGACAUCCACUCCAUCGGAUAUAAAUACCGAGAUUGGACAAGGGUUGAGUGCUACUGGACUUCAAAGUCAGACCAUGACAGGUGCCAUCGUUACAGAGUCAAACUCGGCUAUUCCCAGUGUCUCAUCCAGUUCAAUCUGGUCUGUCUCUGAUGCCACUCUCCCCACCGCGAGCUUUGUCAGCAGUACCCGAAGUUCUGCCUCUGUCCAACCCACAGAUUCCGACGGGCAGAUCACCUCGUCUAUUGGCAUUCAAGAGUCCAAUUACGCCACCCUUGACGCAUCGUCCACCUUGCCGCUCACCAUUGGGGAAUUGACGUCUACUCUAUCAGCUCCUAUUACCGAAAAUGGAGAAGGGCUGAAUGCUACGGGACCCCAAAGUCAGACUAUGGCAAGCGAAGUCAAUACGUGGUCAAACUCGGCCAUUUCCAGUGUCCCAUCCAGUUCUGCCUGGUCUGCCUCUGAUGCUGCUCUCCCCACCGAGAGCUUCAUCAGUGAUGCCCAGAGUUCUGCCUCUGCCGUACUUCCCACUACGCAGAAUACUUUGUCACCCGCCACAAUGUCUUCCUCGACCAUAUCAGGGUCGGAGAGCCCAGGCUAUCUCAGCGUCAGCACAGACCUUUCAGGUGUGCCGGCGUCAAGUUUGAUAUCGAGUGUUUUGUCGCCUGUUCAGUCCGAACCUGCGACGGGACUGUCGGACACGGCGGGCUCAUCUUUCAUCAAUCCGAGCUCGUUCACUUCUGUGGGACCUGCCUCCAGUGACGCGUCACUGCCCUCAGGGACAGCAGGUGGAUCAGGUGCAAGUGCCUUUCCUCCUGAUACUGCCACAUUUUCAUCAGCUUUUGCGGAUACGCUGUCUAUGACGAGCGAAAUUGCCAGCUCUAGCUCAAGUGUGCCUGUAGAAGGAGUUCUUUCUGAUUCUCUCACUCAAUAUCAACAAUUUGUUCCAUCUUCCACCUUCUUGUCUUCAUCUGUUUUGAUUUCAAAUACAUUUUCGUACUCAGAGACGGCGAUCGUUCCAAGUGAAACCAGCGCUGAUAUUUUGCCUCCUUCUUUUCCAGGUACUGUGGACUCUACGAGUACUAUUUCCACUGGAGAAGCUACAAGCUCUUCUGCCACAGCUACAUCUUCCAGCGGUCUCGGAGACGCUCUUGGUUCUUUACUUGGUUUCAGCUCAUCGACAGAGUCGUCCUCGACGGUCGAACCCUCUACAUCCACCACCGAAGCCGCUCCUAGCCCUACUGAGACGGCUGCUUCCACCUUUUCCGAGCCCAGCGCAUAUGACGGGGCAACGACUGCAUCUACCGAAGCCUCCAGCCAAUCUGCCACAUCCGAUGAGCCCUCUGUUUCUACUGAGGCUUCCUCUUCACUCGAACCUUCUGCUAGCUCCACUCCGGGGGAUCUACUGAGCUCUAUCUUUGGUGUCUCCAGUUCCGAUCCCGUGACAGCAAGCGCAACAAGCUCUUCGACUUCAGCCCAGAUUUCCUCUGCAAGCUCUGCGGGCACUACUUCCGAAGCUGAGGCAUCCUCCGAGCUCUGGACCAACUCGGUCACGGCUUCAGAAACCGUGUCGAGCUCUGAAGCACCGUCCAACUCGGGAUCGCCAUCAGCCUUGUACGUGACCGAUUCCCUCACAGGGACCAGCUCUGUUAGCACGACUUCUUCUGCUGGCGACCUUUGGUCUUCCAUAUUGGGUGUAUCGCAAAGUCAGAGUGCCUCUUCUGACGCCACCUCCUCUGCCGGACCCACGUCUGUGCCCACGAGCGCCUCCAGCUCGGCGAUUGAGUCUUGGAGUUCUAAUACUUCCUCAUCAGACUCUGCUACUGUAUCUGCGUCCGAAAGCUCGUCGCCCAGCUUCACUACCAGUGCCAACGCCAGCUCGUCUACGCCCGUUGCCGGAAACGAAGGGCCGACCGCAAACACAAGUGUCAGCGCCAGCGAGACGCCCUCCGAGACAUCUAAUGUCAGCAGCAGCGACACUGCUACGGGGUCCGCCAAUGUUAGCAGUACUUAUCGCGCGUCCUCGUCCGCUCAGACUACUGCUUCGACAUCAGAAAGUGAAGCCUAUGGUGAGGGCACGUCCACAUCGAGGGGCACGAGCUCGUCUUUGAAUGCCACCGCCUCGUCAUCUGAUGGGUCAGGGAUGAUCAACAUGACCGCCAUCAGCUCCGCACCAGCCACUACGGGAUCGCAAGUCGUUACCUAUGACCCCUCGAGUAGCUCCUCCAAUGAGUGGUCCCAAUCAUCGACUUCGGCGUACAAUCACACUUCGGCCACUUCGUCUACCGAUCAAGGCUACACUCCCACCCAGACCUGGCUCAUUGUCGCCUCUUCUCAGACAUCCGCAGAAGCUUCUUCUUCUUAUUCCGCGCCUACCACAACCUCUUCCGAGACCGGUUACACAAAGAGCUCAAGCAAAGCGUCUGGUACUUCGUCGGCUUCCGCUUCAGUGGCCACCAUCCCAAGCAGUAUGCCAACGUUGAUUGUGCCCGCCAGCUCAGUGGCCAACAACGCCGAUGCCGGUACCGGCAGUGACAGUGAUCCUAUCAAAGACGACACUCUUAUUGCCAUCCUGCUGGCCUCUUCGCAAUACCCUUGGUGGUUUGUCGUGGACUCUUCAGACGCUACGAGUCAAUUGUUCAACACGUUCCCUACAUUGAUCAGUAAUGCUCUUGAAAUUGACUCUUCGGAGGUGUCUACCUACGGUCUUCAAGUAUACCAGCCCGCCUCAUGGGACGGCGAAGAGACCUCUCUCUUGACCCAAUACAUCGCCUAUAUCCCCACCGAGUAUUUCGAUACCCUCAAUGCCUAUAUCACUACAGCUUCUUCGCCUCUGUACAACCAAAGCGGUAUUGAAGGUAUGUUGGCAGCCCAGAUCAACACCGCCUUUCCGCUUGCGGCCUCUUCUGACACCGCUCCGACGACAUCGUCGUCUUCUAACGAUUCGUCAAGCAGCAAGCGGAAGAGGAACAUCAUCAUUGGUGUCUGUGUCGGCGUUGGCGGUGCUCUCUGGCUGGCGUUGGUUUACUGGGUAUACAAGCGCGUCAAGAGGAACAAUGACAAGGCUGUCCAUAAACGGAUGUCCGAGCACGUGUCUAUGUUUGGCGAUCACCGUACCAUGUCCCAAGUCUAUCAUGGUGGCGCCGCUGCCACGGGGGCUACUGCCACCGCGACUGCUUGGGGAGGUGAUCGUCGUGUCUCUCGCGCGCCUUCCAUUGCCGCGUCAGAUAUUGACGACCGCCCCUCUUCUUUCUAUGCGUCUCCUAUGGACAACGAUCGCCCGAUGCGUGAGCAGCAGCGCCAGUACGGGUCAGAGGACGACCACAGCAACCCAUUCGGAGAUGGUUCUUACGAUGGGUCCCACCUCUCGGCCGAGUCUCCUAGCCACUACGGCCAGUCAGUCUUCAGAGGCUCAUGGUUCCAGGAUCCUCAUGGCUCUCAUGAGUACCAACCUCAGACCCAGUCACCUAUGCGCUCCAGGCUGUCCCAAAAUCCGUUCGAGGACAUGGUGACUCGCUCGUACAUUGGUAACAGCGGUAGCUUGCCUGGGUCUUCAGCGGCAGCCAAGAGGAGGAGCGCUGCGGGCAAGCCUGUGAACAAGGCUCUGAUCUCCCAGCCUACUUUACAGGGCAACUCUCUCGAGUUUAGGGAGUACGGAACCGCCCAGUAA